AUGCAAGCACGUGGUGCACCGGUUCCACCGAUCAAGGGUAUACCCUUUCUCUUGCUAUCAGGCGAAACAGUGAGCGAAGAAGACGAUGCCUUCGUUCACUGGGUGCACUUUGUGCGUCGCCUCAGCAAUCUGUUUGCUCUAAGGGCUAGUGCCCAUGCGGCUGAUGUGCGUCUCGAACACAAGCUUCGGUAUGAUUAUGCCAAGCUUAAGGCCAGAGGACAAUUGCGCAAGCGCACGCGCUAUUCUUCAGCUACUAAGGUAGCCGCGAGUGCUGGUCAGUCUGUGACCAACAACCCGCCAACCCGCACCACUAGUGGUGGGGAACGGCCUCGGUCUCGAGAUGACCAUGGCCACGAUGCUCAAAAGCCUCCAAAGCAUAUGGGCAGUCUUGCCGAAGGGGGACCUCAAAUUCCCAUGAGUUUUCAGACUCAGGGUACCCACGCCACUUUACCAGAUACUGGUAUUGGCCCUGACGACGACGUCGUUUCAGUAGUCUCUCGACAUGAAAUUGACGACACCCAUGCUCAUCGAGCAAAGUCGGUGGCGGCCGGUGUACCGGUGGAGGCCCACGAGAAAUUGGUUUUCGAAGUGAAGGGUCUUCAAGAGGCCCCUUGGCAAUCCGGGGCAAUGCCCUUGUCGUCGGCGCAAGCACCUCCAAGUUCACACGGAAAGGAUCCCGGUACGGCUUAA